GCUCACGCAAGUCAAAAUGUCUCUAACAAACACACAAACCCGCCUGUGAUUUACUGUACGAGCUACUGACCUUCCUGGACCAGCCUCAUUCCUGGAAUGAAGGGAUUUAGUCAGUGGAAUAUGAAAGUGAGCCGGCAGGCCUGUGAGGAGGGCCCGCUGCUGGAGGAGCAGGAGACGGAGGGCCAGCGGCAGCUGCACAGCCUCUUACUGCAGCAGCUCCAGACGAACGUCGACAUCCAUCGAUGUGUAGCCAAGAGACAGUGCUUCGCCCCGGCGUCGGUCUAUCGGCCGUUCGGGGAGCAAGCCGAGGGGGUGACGAGUCUCUCCCAGUUCCAGGCUCUGCAGGAGGGCGAGAAGAAGGUGACCAGCCUGCGGGAAAUGGGCCUCACCGAUGCAGAGAUCCAGCUGUGGCAGAGCAGAGAUGCACCAGAGGCAGCGGAGAAGUCCCGUGGUGUGUCCGCGGCUCCGGACGCUAAAGUGGAGCGUUUGCAGGUCAUCAGGGACAAGCUGGACGCCAGGGAAGAGCUGCUGUCCCGCCCCCAGCGCUUCGCCGCCAGCCGCCCGCUGUCGCGCCGGGAGAUGGAGAUUGAGCAGGCCUUGUUUCAAGGGAACGACCGCCUGGGUUUCCUCACCGCGCUCUUCCAUCGCGAUGAAAAUAACCAGAAGAACCUGAAGGGGACGUCGUCGUCUGACCCAAUGGACUCGCUCUACAGAGACGUCCUCGGCAGUGAGACGUGCUCGUCACCUCGGGACACAGGGAGGGACUCGGAGAGGGAAUCACCGGGAACGUCACGCAUGUCUGUCAACAAAAAUGCGUCUGUUCCUUCACAGAACUCUCAAACCGUCAACGAGAAGCCAGAAGACUCUUCUGAGCAUCAGCCAGAACCGCCGACUGAACAAAGGCUCUUGUGGGUCGAGUCAAAGUCAAGUGCGGGUUCCUCAGAGCAGCUGCACGCUGACAGACCAGACAGACCGGAGUCCCCGCGUCCUUCUGCCCCCGUGCAGAUAAAGAUGAGCCAGCGGAUCGGGACUCUGUGCGGCGCGGGGCCGGCGGCGGGAUCCGGCGGGCCGCUGACUGUGAGAGGGGAGAUUGAAAUGAUUACAGAUGAAGAAAUCCUUCAGAACCACGAAUCUGAGGAGGGAAUCCGGAGCAUCCAGAGGUUCCGAAACUACCAGCCGGGGAAGCCCUCCAAGGUUCUGUGCGUGAAGAACGUGAGCGCGCAGGCGUCGGUGGCCCAGCUGGUGGCGCUGUUCUCCAGGUUCCAGAAGAAGGACCGGCCCCCGAUUCUUUACCGGCUGCUGACGGGGAGGAUGAAGGGUCAGGCUUUUGUUACCCUGCCAGAUGCUGAAAUGGCCCAGAAAGCGUUGCAGUUGGUCCACGGAUACCGGUUGCUAGGGAAACCUUUAGUGGUGGAGUUUGGCCGGGAACGACAGGAAGAGGAGAAACAGAAGGAGCAGGAAGGACAGAAGGAGGAGAAAUAAAAGAUAAAAACCCACAGAACAGAUGUAUAUUUCUAGAGGGAUCCUUCAGAGACCGACGUGGGAACUAUUAUCUAAAUCUUUCUAUU